UUCAGAAUUCGGUCAUCAUGUCGGACCAAGAAAUUGACAUCUUGCGAAGCACCUUUCCCUCCUACAUGGCUGAGGGCGAGCGGCUCUAUCUCUGCGGGGAGUUCUCUAAAGCUGCCCUCAGCUUCAGCAACGCUCUUCACCUUCAGGAUGGAGACAAGAACUGCCUGGUUGCCCGCUCCAAGUGCUACCUGAAGAUGGGAGAGUUAGAGAAAUCCCUGAAGGAUGCUGAGGAUUCACUCCAGGGUGACCCGACUUUCUGCAAGGGCAUUUUACAAAAGGCGGAGACCCUGUACACCAUGGGAGACUUUGAGUUUGCCUUGGUGUUCUAUCAUCGAGGCUAUAAGCUACGGCCUGAUCGGGAAUUCAAAGUUGGAAUUCAGAAAGCCCAGGAAGCCAUCAAUAACUCAGUGGGAACUCCUUCUUCAAUUAAGCUGGAGAACAAAGGAGACCUCUCCUUCUUAAGCAAGCAGGCUGAGAGUAUGAAAGCCCUGCAGAAGCCGCAUCCCGUGAGGCAGGUCUCAUACUACGCCAAGACAGAGUCCAAGCGGAGGGGCUCGGUCAAGAGCGAGAAGACAGUCCGCCAGCUGCUAGGCGAGCUCUAUGUGGAUAAGGAGUAUCUGGAGAAGCUCCUCCUGGAUGAAGACCUGAUCAAAGGCACCAUCAAGCACGGCCAGACCGUGGAGGACCUCAUCAUGACGGGCAUCAACUACCUGGACUCCCGCAGUAACUUCUGGAGGCAACAAAAGCCCAUCUACGCCAGGGAGCGUGACCGGAAGCUGAUGCAAGAGAAAUGGCUGCGGAACCGCAAACGCCGGCCCUCGCAGACGGCCCGAUACAUCCUCAAGAGCCUGGAGGACAUUGACAUGCUGCUGACCAGCGGCAGUGCAGAAGGGAGCCUCCAGAAAGCCGAGAAAGUGCUGAAGAAGGUGCUGGAAUGGAACAAAGAAGAGGUGCCCAACAAGGAUGAGCUGCUUGGGAACUUGUACAGCUGCAUAGGGAAUGCCCAGAUCGAGCUGGGGCAGAUGGUAGCAGCCCUGCAGAGCCACAGAAGAGACCUGGAGAUCGCCAAGGAAUAUGACCUUCCUGAUGCCAAGUCGAGAGCCCUUGACAACAUUGGCAGGGUUUUUGCCAGAGUUGGGAAAUUCCAGCAAGCCAUCGACACGUGGGAGGAGAAGAUCCCUCUGGCGAAAACCACUCUGGAGAAGACCUGGUUGUUCCAUGAGAUUGGCCGCUGCUACUUGGAGCUGGACCAGGCCGCGCAGGCCCAGAGUUACGGCGAGAAGUCCCAGCAGUGCGCUGAGGAAGAGGGGGACAUCGAGUGGCAGCUGAACGCUAGUGUCCUGGUGGCACAGGCACAAGUGAAGCUGAGAAACUUCGAGUCGGCCGUGAACAACUUCGAGAAGGCCCUGGAGAGAGCGAAGCUGGUCCACAACAACGAGGCGCAGCACGCCAUCAUCAGCGCUUUGGACGAUGCCAACAAGGGCAUCAUCGAUGAGCUGAAGAAAACGAACUACAGGGAUAUAUUCAAAGAAAAGAAAGAGAAAGAAGAGGCUGCUGCCCUGGAGAAAGCCAAAGUAGCGGCAAAGGGGAAGGAAAGAGUGAGAAGAGUGAGAGACGAACACGAGAAGAUGAUGAAGCACUGGGGAAGAGAGCAGGGUGACGCGGAGAAGGGCGCAGACGAUGAGCUGUCUAACGGAGAAAGUCCAACCCGCACCGCGAGCGGACAGGAGGAAGAUAGGACGACAGGAGUAGAAAAAAACAUCUCCUUGAGAAGAGAACUGGGAGCCAUGGGGAAAAAUUCGAGAGAUGUUAUGAAGAGAUGGUCCGGAGAAUCGGGAGGAGCAGGCAAGGAAUUGAGUAAGGGUGAGUCGAGAGAAAUUUACAGGAGGCCUUCCGAUCUGGACCAGAAACCCUCAGAAGAAUUAAUAGACGACGACAAAGAGGAGAGCCUUUCAGAAGCCAAAAGGAGAGAGUCGGAAGACCUGGAGGAAAUAGAACUGGGAGAAACGGAAACAGAAAGUGCUGAGAAAAUGGAAAAAGAUGAAAAGGAAGAUGAAUGAAGAAGCCCCUGUUAGUAGGCAUUAGGAUCAGGAGGCUGGGAUUCACAGGGACAUGGGGACCUUAUUAAACUAGACUUUGGAGUUGAGAUUUGUAAAGAGGUCCCCUCUGCC